GCCUGUCUUCAGUUGUGGUCAGCGUUUGAACCGAGGAACACCGGGCUAGCUAUCUGGACGUUUUUGCACUGAAACAAGGAGUAAAGCCAAGGUUUUUUAAACGAGGACGUGAAGCGAAUAACCCGGACUUCCCUUCCCCUCAGAGGACUUCUCCAAUAUCGUGCUGGAAUAUUCCCUCUUUUCCUCCUGAGCCUGAUGGAUUUCUCCGCCAGACUGUUUUAACACUAAACCGCUCGCACAAACCCAAAACCUGGCGCAGGUCUCGUUUAAUCGUCUUCGUGCUUGAUAAUCGCUUAAUUCAGCGUUGCCUUUGAACAAAAUGGGAUUCCUUGAUUCUGCCAUGAGGUAGCCAAGCCCCGUCGCUGGCAUCACAAACAGCUGGGUCGCGUCUGGAACACGGGAUUCUAGCCGCUCCAUGUAGUGUUUACACUCCCCUUUUUAAAAAACGCGAAUAUAUCAGCGGCGUUGAGCCAAAAUGAGUGUCGAUUUAAUCGAAUCAAACACAUGAGUGGAGCCGAAACAAACCGCGACCUAUAUUUCUUGCACUUUUUUCUACAUCUGCUCGAAUCACCGGCGCCUGGAAAAUAUGGACAGUGAGGUUUUCACCCCCAUGCUGGAGCAGUUCAUGCUCACGCCGCUCGUCUGCUGGGUGAAGACAGUGGGGCGGCCCACGGUGACGGAUGGAUCCAAACUAUCGGAAUAUGUCGAGUUAGUGGACGGGAUUUACCUGAAUGAAAUCAUGCUGGAGAUAAAUCCCAAAGCCACAGUGCAGAGGACCAACAAGAAGGUCAACAAUGACCCGACCCUGCGCAUACAGAACCUCUCAAUCCUCAUCAGGCAGAUCAAGGACUUCUAUCAGGAGACGCUGCAGCAGCUGGUGAUGAUGCCUUUACCAAACGUGCUGGUUCUGGGUCGGAACCCUCUCUCAGAGCAAGGUCUGGAGGAGAUGAAGAAACUUUUGCUGCUACUGUUGGGAUGUGCUGUUCAGUGUGAAAAAAAGGAAGAAUACAUUGAGAGGAUUCAGACUCUUGACUUUGACUCCAAAGCUGCCAUCGCCUCACACAUCCAAGAGGUGACUCAUAACCAGGAGAAUGUGGUCGACCUGCAGUGGUUGGAAAGUGGGGAGAUGCCUCCUGAAGACCUGGACAGUCUCUCUAGGAAUCUAGCUUUUCACCUCAAACAAUUGGUGGACGAGAGAGACACACAACUGGAGACUAUCGUGGAACUGACCCAGGAGAGGGACUGUGUCCAACUGUCUCCACUGGCCCCUUGUCCCGCUCAGUCCCCCAACGGCUCCCCCAGCAUGAGGAGGACAGAAAGUCGGCAGCACCUCUCUGUGGAGUUGGCCGAUGCCAAAGCCAAGAUCAGACGCCUGCGGCAGGAACUGGAAGAGAAGAGUGAGCAGCUCCUGGACACCAGACAGGAGCUGGAGAACAUGGAGUCGGAGCUGAAAAAGCUCCAGCAGGAGAGCUACCAGCUGCUGUCUGACGCUCGGUCAGCCAGGGCAUACCGUGACGAACUGGACGCUCUGAGAGAGAAAGCCAGUCGAGUUGACAAGCUGGAGAGCGAGCUGAGCCGAUACAAAGAGAGACUGCAUGACAUCGAGUUCUACAAGGCCAGAGUGGAGGAGUUAAAGGAGGACAACCAGGUCCUGCUGGAGACCAAGACAAUGCUGGAGGAGCAACUGGAUGCCACCAGAACUCGCUCAGAUAAACUGCACCUCCUGGAGAAGGAGAAUCUGCAGCUGAAGUCAAAAAUCCAUGACCUUGAGAUGGAGCGAGACCUGGACCGGAAGCGUAUGGAAGAGCUGCUGGAGGAGAACCUGGUGCUGGAGAUGGCCCAAAAACAAAGCAUGGACGAAUCCUUGCACCUCGGCUGGGAGCUGGAACAGCUUUCCAAAACACCUGAAAUCACUGAAGCUCCUCAGAAGUCCCUGGGCGAUGAGGUGAACGACCUGACGUCCAGCCGCCUGUUGAAGCUGGAAAAGGACAACCAGACGCUGCUGAAGACUGUGGAGGAAUUGAGAGGAGCUGGUGGACCCGACACUGCGGUCAAGCUGGGCAAAGUCAACCAGGAGAAUCAGAAGCUGGCGAAAAAACUGGAGCAGCUGGAAGGUGAACUGUCAGCAGACAGAGAGUCUCUUCGUAGCGCCGAGGCUCUAAGCACCGACCUGAUGAAAGAGAAGGCCUUGCUGGAGAAGACUCUGGAAACACUCAGGGAGAACUCCGAAAGACAGCUGAAGGGUCUGGAGCAGGAGAACAAGCACCUCAGCCAGACCGUGUCAUCUCUGCGCCAACGCUGCCAGGUCGGCGCUGAGGCUCGUGUCAAGGAUGUGGAGAAGGAAAACCGGAUCCUUCACGAGUCCAUCUGUGAAACCACCGCCAAACUGAACAAGAUGGAAUUCGAGCGGAAACAGCUACGCAAAGACCUGGAGGUGAUGAAGGAGAAGGGCGAGCGAGCAGAAGAGAUGGAGAUUCAGUUGCAGAAGCUAGAAAGAGAUAAUGAGAGUCUACAGAAGAAGGUGGCGAGUUUGGGGAUCACCUGUGACAAGGUGUCGUCCCUAGAGAAGGAGAACACUGAGUUGGAGGCAGAGGGCCGUCGCUUGAAGAAGAAGCUGGACACACUGAAGAACAUGGCUUUCCAGUUGGAGGCCCUAGAGAAGGAGAACUCUCAGUUGGAACAGGAGAACCUGGAGCUGCGGCGUUCAGCUGAGAGCCUGCGGUCAGCUGGCGCCAAAGCUAUUCAACUGGAGGCGGAGAACCGGGAGCUGGAGAGUGAGAGAAGUCAGUUGAAGAGGAGUCUGGAACUUCUCAAGGCCUCAACCAAGAAGACUGAGCGAUUAGAGGUGAGUUACCAAGGGUUGGAUACAGAGAACCAGCGUCUGCAGAAAGCACUGGAGAACAGCAGCAAGAAGAUUCAGCAGCUGGAGGCAGAGCUGCAGGAGGUUGAGUCUGAGAAUCAAACCUUGCAGCGAAACCUUGAGGAGCUCAAGAUCUCCAGUAAACGUCUGGAACAGCUGGAGCAGGAGAACAAGGCGCUGGAGCAGGAGAGCUCUCAGCUGGAGAAGGACAAAAAACUGCUAGAGAAGGAGAACAAGCGUUUGAGACAGCAGGCCGAGAUCCGUGACUCAAAGUUGGACGACAGCAACCAGAGAAUCUCCUCCCUGGAGAAGGAGAACCGAACUAUGGGCAAGGAGAUGAUCUUCUUCAGGGACUCCUGCACCAGAGUCAAAGACCUGGAGAGGGAGAACAAGGAGCUGGUCAAACAAACCUCUAUUGACAAGAAGACCCUGAUCACACUCCGAGAGGAACUGGUGAGUGAGAAGCUGCGCACCCAGCAGAUGAAUAAUGAUUUGGAGAAGCUGACACAUGAGUUGGAGAAGAUCGGACUCAACAAGGAGAGGCUUCUGCAUGAUGAGGGCUCUGAUGACAGAUUCAAGCUCCUGGAGACUAAACUAGAGUCCACAUUGAAGUCAUCAUUAGAGAUUAAGGAAGAGAAGAUCGCCGCCCUGGAGGCCAGACUGCAAGAGUCUUCAAAUCUCAACCAGCAGCUUCGUCAGGAGCUCAAAACGGUGAAGAAAAACUAUGAGGCGCUGCGUCAGAGGGAGGAGGAAGAGAGGAUGGUCCAGAGUUCACCCCCUAGAGGCAUGGAGGACCCUCAAGCUGUCAGUAAAUGGGAGAAGGAGAGUCACGAGGCCACGAGGGAGCUGUUGAAAGUCAAGGAUCGACUCAUCGAAGUGGAGAGGAAUAAUGCUACACUGCAGGCUGAGAAGGCAGCGCUGCGGAGUCAGCUGAAACAACUUGAGACUCAGAGCUCGAAUCUACAGGCUCAGAUUGUUGCAGUGCAGAGACAGACCGCCUCCCUGCAGGAGAAUAACACCACUCUGCAGACGCAGAACGCCAAGCUUCAGGUGGAGAACUCCACCCUGAGCUCCAAGAGUGCUGCCCUCAUGGCCCAGAACGCCCAGCUCCAGAGCCAGCAGAGCAGCGUAGAGGGUGAAAGAGACGGGGCUGUGAGGGAGAAGGAGGAGGUCAGAUCCACGUACGAGAUGCUCCUCAGAGAUCAUGAGAAGCUGGCUGCCCUCCACGAGAGGCAGGCGGUGGAAUAUGAGGCUCUGAUUGGGAAGCACGGGGGCCUGAAGAGCUCUCACAAGAGCUUGGAGCAGCAGCACAGAGACCUGGAGGACAAGCACAAGCUGCUGCUGCAGAAGAAGAGUGACUUGGAGGAUCUGGAGAAGAACCUCAAGGAUCAGCAGGAAAAAAUGGCUUUAGAGAACCAAACGCACCAAUCCACCGCUGACCAGUGCAAGCAGCUCAAAGAGGAAAACGACAGACUGAACACAACAUAUCGUCAGCUGAUGAAGGACAACGAGAGUCUUCAGCUGGACCACAAGAAUAUUAAGAGCCAGCUGAACAGCGCCAAGCUAGAUCAGACCAAGCUGGAAGCCGAGUUCUCCAAACUGAAGGAGCAGUACCAGCAGCUGGACAUCACCUCCACGAAACUGACCAACCAGUGUGAGCUGUUGAGCCAACUGAAGGGGAACCUGGAGGAGGAGAACCGUCACUUGCUGGACCAGAUCCAGACUCUUAUGCUGCAGAACCGCACACUGCUGGAACAGACCAUGGAGAGCAAAGACCUGUUCCACGUCGAGCAGAGACAGUACAUUGACAAGCUGAAUGAGCUCCGGAGGCAGAAGGAGAAGCUGGAGGAGAAGAUCAUGGACCAGUACAAGUUCUACGACCCGUCACCACCUCGCAGGCGUGGCAACUGGAUCACUCUCAAAAUGAGGAAGCUGAUCAAACCCAAGAGCCGCGAGAGGAUGCGCUCUCUGACGCUGACCCCGUCCCGCUCCGAGUUGGCCGAUGGUUUCUUGUCCUUCCCAGACAGCCAGGACAACUCAUCAGUGGGCUCCGGCUCCAAUUCUCUGGACGACACCCUCACACAGAAGAGAAGCAGCAGGAGGCGAGGGCGUCAGCCCCAUGCACAAGUGCAGGGUUCCAGCAACGCUAUAAAAAGGUUGCCUUUCAUGAGGAACAGAUCCAAGGACAAAGACAAGGCCAAGGCCAUCUACCGGCGCUCCAUGUCCAUGAACGACCUGCUGCAGACCAUGGGGGUGGCAGGGGGUCCCGUGACCCAGUGGGCGGGCAGCAGUGAGAAUCUGGAGGGCGACGCCGGAGAGGGUGGUGUGAGCGGAGGGAGACGACGCAGCGGUCAACGCAUGAAAGAGCUGGCCUUCUCCACCAACGCUAUCGACUGUGCAACUCUCACACUGCCUUCUGCUGGACGCAGCCGGGCCAAACACCGGCUUCAGGUCAAAGACAACGUCUCGUGCGAGGACAUCACUGGCAACUCGGAUGAUCCUAAGAGCCAAGCCUCCAGACCCUCCAGUCUCCAUAGCAACAGGACAACCAGUAGCAAUAGUAACAAUAACUCCCACCUCACCUCCCCUCUGGAGGGCAAAGGAACCCUGAACGGCAGCUUGAGCCGACCCCACAGCGAGAGCAGCGGCGAGUUCAGCCUCAGUCUGGACCAGGACGUCUGGUCCAGCAGCGGCAGCAGCCCGGUGCAGCAGCCCACCUUGUCCCGCUCGUCCCACCAGAGCCCCCUGCAGCUGCGCCGCUCCCUGGACCCGUCCAGCGUCUCGGGAACGCCCGGACAAACCCAGAUCCGGAAGACUGGGUCUCCAGGCAGCGAGGUGCUUUCCCUUCAACAGUUUUUAGACGAGGGUAUCGAUCCUGCCGAGUCCGGCAGCCAGGAGAACCUCACCGUGGACUCCCCCCGACUCUCGACGUCCUCUGAGCAUGCUCAGAAGGAACGCCCGGCCACCAAGGCCCGGGGAAUCCUGCGCUCCUCCAGUGGGAGGGCGGCUCCGGUUAGCUCCGAUCGUCCGCCGCGACAGGCGGGACGUCCCACCCUGCGGAAGGCGGAGAGCACCCGGGUCCGAGGCUCCGUCCCCAUGCGCUCCAGUCUGUCCACGCAGGGCAAAGCCACGUCGGUGUCGGAGCGUCUGGACUCGGCUUCGUCCACGCUGCCUCGGGCCAGCAGCGUCAUCUCCACCGCCGAGGGCAGCACCCGCCGCACCAGCAUCCACGACCUGCUGUCCAAGGACCAGCGCCAGCCGGUGUCCGUCGAUGCCUCUCCGCCCAGCAAGUCUGGGCCCCGGUCCCAGUCCAGUGAGUACAGCAGCAGAGGCCCCCACCCCGCCUCCGUCCCCCUGCCCAAGUCGCUCAGCUUACCCUGCCACAGCCUGGACGACCCCGACCUGUCCACCCUCGAGUCCUUCCUGGGCCCUUCCUUCACUGUCGAGUCCAUGCUCAUGGACUCCAUCUUCAGCGAGCCCUCGGGCCCAAACCUCCCCUACCUGUCCCUUAACCCCGCCCUGGUCAGUAACAUCAGCGGACCCCCUGUCACAAACAAACCUGCCCCCACCCUAAAUCAAAGCCCACAAGGGCAAAGCGGUCCAGACUGCGCGAACAAUUCGGACGAGCCCCUCGGCCCAGACGACGGACAGUCACUGUGGUACGAGUACGGGUGCGUGUGAUUGACAGGGGGGGCGCGGGUCCGGGCUGGCUGAGACUUGGAUGAAGACUCCUGCAUGAGUUCAUGUGUGGCGGGCUUCCGCUUGUACCUUUGAGUUCUCAUUUCUGUUCUCUGACGGGACCUUUGGUGAACAUUGUUGCUGUUGCUUCCAUCAGAGACUAUUAUCUGUCGGGGUCACUCACUCUGUCGCCGUCUCGGGUCCAGAUAAUAGAUCACUCCUCUCACCGGGCCACCUCCCCACCCCGGCUGCAUGUCUCAUCUCGAUUGUUGUGCUCCAAAUGGUUUCUUUCUUUUUUAUUUUAUUUCUAUUAUUCUUUUGUUUUGUCAAUGUGUGUGUUUGUACACUGGUGCUGAUGGGUUCUGGAUGUUGGGUCUGACAAAAGUUGGGGUGACGGAAUGAUGAGGCCUCAUUCACAAACUGGUGCAGCUGGCUGAGACCGCGAGGAAGCGCAGGAAGAGAAGAUUCCUGAUGUGUGCACGUCUCACACUCAAUUGGUCACUGUUUUUUUGGAGGGAUUUAUUUCAAGCUCAAAACACUGAAUUCUUAGUGAGACUUGUCAACAAAGGUUUGACUCCUCCCUUAUUUCUGACAGAGUUUUGUCGACUUGUGUGUGGAAGACUCUCCUUUCAAAAAUGUUCUUCUGUUUUUAUCAGAUUAUUUCUAAUAGUUUGGCCACAUUAUUCAUAUUUUCUAUAACAUUCUGAGACACUCAUUCACUUAUUGUGUCGUAUUUGGGGGUGAAUUCCGGCAGAGACUGUCAGAGCUGAAGGUGAAUUUUUCUGUAUUGUGAAUGAGGCUGAAAUCAUUUCACGUGGAGCGGAAGCCUGGUGUUGCACAGAGACGCUGAACUUGGAGACGAGCACGACUCCCGUGCCGAGAACCGUGGAGGAAUUGGAUUAUUUAUUUCUGCAGCUUCUGUAUUUCCACAGCGAGUGACCCCUUGCCUUUGUCCUGCAGAUGUGGAGGGCAGGAAAUCUAAAAGCAGGAGUGGGGAGCCCUGCUGACCCCCCACCCUCAUCUAUCUGCUACUGUGCUGUGAGCGCGUGGGAGGAAGUGGGAUUCUGCUGGUGAGCGUCUGCAGUGAGAAAAGAUUGUAACUCCCCCUUUUUUCUUCCUUCUUACUGAACUUUUAUUCUGCGUGGAGAAAAGUCGUUUUGUUUUUCCUCCUUGAAUCAAGGAAACCAGAGCGUUGGCCUGCCGUCCUUCUGCGAGACGGACUGUAAACAUUAGCACUAGUGACUGAGGACUUAAAGAUUCAAGUGCCAAUGUGUAAGUGGACUUUGCGAGGCGAGGACUCGUCUUCUUGUUCGGCCCGGGCGUCGGGCGAGAGACUGCAUGUCGACAUAAACAAUCUGCAUGGAACAAUCACCAUUCUCCCUCCGUCCGGAGCCUCGUGGACGCCCACGCGUCUGGGAUGUGAAGCCAUGAGGCGACUGUGGAGGGAGAAGGUCACCAGAGACUCAUCAUUUGUCUCAUCCUAGUCCCAGCUGUUAGAAAUGGUUUAGUCAAAAGCACAACUUACUUCUGAUCCUUAACUUUUGGGUGAACUUCCUAUGACGAUGAUGAAGAAAGCCUCCUUUUCCACUUUUACAUGAUUCCAUGUGAUGUCAUUAAAGAUCAUCAAAAUAAACUGCGUCUUUUGUCUUGAAGCGUCUGCACGUUUGGAAAUCAUGAAAAGUUUUUUAUUGAAGUAGAUUUUCCAUGUGAUGUUUCAUGGAGUUCAUUUCUCUUCCUGCAUUUUAGUUUUUAGAG